CUUUUAAAUAAUGAACACUACAAGCACCAUUCGCAUCUGACGGCGAAAGCGUGAAUCUUCACAUUGCUGCUCCUACCUAACUCCAUUCCGAUCUAAAACAUGGAUCCAAAUUCAGACCAUCAUGAGUACUGCACCGGGGGAUUCGAUCCGGAAGACAUCGUCAUCAGUGGAAUGUCCGGCCGUUUCCCGGAGAGCGACAGCGUGAAAGAGUUGAAAGAGGGGCUCUACAAUAAGAAAAAUUUCGUCGUGUUUACGGACAAGCGAUUUGAAAAAGGUGCAUACAAAGCUCCAUACGAUUCUCCUGGAUGCAUCAGGGAACUAGACAAGCUGGACUGGAACUUUUUCCGUAUUGCUAAUAUACAUGCUCAGCAAAUGGACCCAGGUGGCAGGUUGCAUCUGGAAGUCACUUAUGAAGCUAUUGCAGAUGCAGGUGUCGACGCACUUGAUUUGAAAGGACAAAGAAUCGGUGUCAUUAAUGCCACCAUUUCGGAAGACACGGUAAAAAUAAACACUUCCGACGAAUCUUUCGUCAAUUUAAAUAGUAUACGUUCCAUGAGUCCAAACAAGACAUCGUACUGCUUGGAUUUUAUUGGUCCUAGCUACGGCAUAGACGCAGCAUGUGCCUCAUCAGCCAUUGCACUUUGGAAUGCAAUCAAUGUUAUGAAGAUGGGACAUGUGGAUGCUUGUGUCGUCACUGGAUGCCAAGUCAAUCUGCAUCCGUGCAUGCUCGUCGGUUACUUAGGAGCCGGGAUCGUUACACCUACGGGAAACAGUAUACCUUUCGACGCGAGGAGUGACGGCAUGAUAAGAUCCGAAGCUGUUGCUGCUAUAUUUCUGCAGAGAGCAAAACAUGCAAGAAGAGUCUAUGCAUCUAUUCCAGCUAUAAGAUUUUAUGCUGCGGGAAAUGUUCUAGAAGGAAUCAAUGUGCCAUCAUAUGAUAUGCAGAAAACAAUAAUGAUGGAUACACUGAACGAAGCGAAUGUCACCAUCCAUGAUGUCGACUUUAUGGAGGCCCACGGAACAGGAACUCAAGUUGGAGACAAAAUAGAAUUAAACGCCAUCGCUGAUACAUUCUGUAAAGACAGAGACACUCCUUUCUACGUCGGAUCGAUAAAAAGUAACAUCGGGCAUACAGAAGCAAGCUCAGGAAUUUGCAGCAUAAUCAAAUCCUCAAUUAUUUUGGAUUGUGAAUCUAUCGCACCUAAUAUCAAAUAUGAAAUUCCAAAUCCAAAUUCGCCAGCUUUGUUGGAAGGAAAACUUGUUGUUCCCACCGAACCAACUCCUUACAAAAAAGACUACAUUCCGAUCAACUCCCUGGGCUUCGGUGGAACGCUUGUCCAGACUCUGCUGAAGAAAAAUCCCAUUGGACCAAGAGAAAAGAAACAAGAAAUAGACCUACCAAGACUGGUUCUGUUUCCUGCCACUACUGAGGAGGCUAUUUCCACAGUUUUUGAUUAUGUGCAGAAUACACCAGACCUUCCUAAUGAAUUCUUCGCGCUAUUAAACAAAUUGUCGUUUGGGGAUCCGGCCUUCAAGGCUUUCAGAGGGUAUGCUCUUUUCCCAAAAGACAAAAGUCCUGUAAAGGAAAUUAAGCCGGUUGCUUCGAAAAAGCGCCAAGUCUGGUAUGUGAUGACUGGCAUGGGUUGCCAAUGGCCAGGAAUGGGGCUGCAGUUGAUGAAGAUUGACACAUUCGCCAAUUCACUAAAGAAAUCAGCUGAAAUUCUGAAACCCUAUGGAGUCGAUCUAUUCGCGAUUUUACAACCUAAUUCAAACUCUCUGAGCUUGCACCGGAAGAUCAUCAAUUCCUUUGUCAGCAUAUGUGCUAUACAAAUCGCCCUCAUCGACGUCUUGAAGCUCUUGGGCAUCACUCCCGAUGGAAUAGUCGGACACAGCACCGGAGAACUCUUGUGCGCAUAUGCCGAUGGCUGCCUCACGGCGGAGCAGACGAUUUUGUCUUCAUAUUACAGGGGACUUGCAAUCGAAACCUCAAACCUCAAAGAAGGUGGAAUGGCUGCUACUGGUUUGUCUUGGAGCCAGGCGAAAAAGAUGUGUCCGGAGGGCAUCUACCCAGCUUGCGAUAAUGCAAGCGAUUCGGUCACGAUAUCCGGACUAAAAGAGCCUUUGGAACAAUUCAUCGAAAAAUUGAAACAAGAAAACAUCUUCGUUCGAGCUGUUAAUUCUCAUGGUUUCGCCUUCCAUUGUGAAUACGUCCAUGAAGCAAGUGGAGCACUCAGGAAGCAUAUGCAAAAAGUCAUUACUAAUCCAAAGCCCAGAUCUGAGCGCUGGAUUAGUUCGAGUUACCCAGAAUCUGAAUGGGACUUACCAGAGUGCAAAAUGGCCUCUGCAGAAUACUUCGUGCACAAUCUCAUGUCCAGUGUCCUAUUUAACGACGCCAUACAGAGAAUCCCGUCAGAUGCCAUUGUCAUUGAAAUCGGGCCGCAUUUCCUCCUGCAGUCCAUUCUUAAAAGAGGCAUUGGGAACAAAGCUUACUUCGCGGGGCUUAUGAAGAGGAACGACCCGGAUAACUUACACUUUAUCAUGGACUCCAUUGGAAAAUUAUACAAUGAAGGUCUCAAUCCUAAAAUUGAACGACUGUACCCGCCCGUUAAGUUUCCCGUGCCCAGAGGUACUCCAAUGAUCGCUGAUCUAAUCAGGUGGAACCACAGUGAUUCGUUGAAAGUUCCCAGAUACACUCUCAAAACAAGCGAGUACUCUAAGGAAUUCAAAUUUGACAAGGCUGAAGCUUACAUUCUGGACCACAAAAUCGACGGACGAUCGCUGUUUCCGGCUACUGGAUAUGCCUUCUUAGCGUGGGAUGCUUUGGCCUCUAAACUCCAGAAGAAUGUUAAUGAAAUGUCAGUGGUGAUAGAGGACUUCAAGAUUCAUAGAGCGACAGUAAUUACUCCUCAGGUUUUGACGAAAUUCUACGUCAAUAUACUGGAUGCCUCGGGUCGCUUUGAAAUUACCGAAGGAAAGUCCAUGGUUGCCAGUGGAAUAGCAUACGAAUGCAAAAAUAUGACGUUCGAAGAGGAUCCCCCUGUGUACACCAGCAGCGAUGUAUCAAUGUCCAGUAAAGACAUCUACGAAGAACUCAAAAGAGCCGGCUAUGAGUAUGGGCCACACUUCCAAGGCUUGGUCGAAACCAACAUCGAAGGUACCGCUGGUUUAGUUCAGUGGCGUGGUAAAUGGAUUCCGUUUUUGGAUUCACUGCUUCUGUUCUUUGGUAUCCUAUCUAGUGAUUUGGGCUUUUGCUUACCGACGGGAGCCCUGCACUUCAAAAUUGAUCCGACUGUAUUCGCAGCUAACAUCCGCCCUAAAGAGGAGACUGAAAAUGAAGAAGAGGAAAAUGUAGUUCAGAAUAUUCCAGUGACAUACAACAAACGUACACGUACAUGUCGAUCAGUUGGAAUAGAAAUUUCAAACCUCGUCCUAGAUCCCGCUCCCCAACGCAGAAAAGAGGACAAUCCAACCAUUGAGGAGUAUACGUUCGUCCCUUAUAUAACCAACUAUACUCCGAAGCACGAUACCGCCAGUCAAUUUUCUACUUACCUCCAAGCAUGCAACGAGUUGAUAAGCAAAAUUGGAAAAUCACUGAAGAAAGAUGUCAAGCAGUUCCAGUUUUCAACUGACAGUAAAGAAGAUUUCUGCUUGGAAGAAUACAUUGAAGAUGUUACUGAAAACCAGCAUUUAUUGAAAAGUUUGAAGGCUGCAGUUACCAACGCAGACGCUUUGAAAGAGAACAGGAAAGAAUGGUUCGCCAACUACUAUCGCUCUGCUAGUAAAGACAUGCUAAACAGCGCCAUGGUAAAUGAAGAUUCCUUGCGAAUAAUGCUGGAGAUCAUUGUCGAGAAUACAUUCCGAAAGUUAAGCGUCUUAGAAAUCAAUCGCAACUUCCCUGUAGUUCUAGCAUCUGCAGCAGAAAUCUUAAGUAAAUAUUCUCAUCUCAAAUUCAAAAAGAGCACUUUGAUUGCAUCCAAAAGCAUUGUCGUCGAACAAGAACUUCUAGACGAGUAUGGCAUCCAGCUGCAGCAAGAAGACGCCUUGGAAGGUCUUUCUAAGGAUAAGGCACAAGAUCUUGCAAUCAGUUCCUUCGCAUGUGGUCCACCAUCAGAACUUAAGAACCUACUUCAUACCUUAACAUCGGUCACCAAAAUAAAUGGUUUUAUUAUGCUGUUCUUCAAAGAAAAACUCAACUGCGCUGAGCAAUUUAUAUCUUCCAUCAGUGGUGAAGAGAUAACGAUACAUUCCCAAGAGGUAUUGGAAAAAUUCUUACAAGAAGAGAAUCUUGUGAUUCUCAGCAAGAUUUCUGAUUCUUUCGGUGGUUCAGUGUAUCUUCUUCGUUCACCGUCGCUGGUAGCACCUCAAAAGGUUCUACAAGUCACAGAAGAUAACUACGGCUGGGUGGAAAAAGUCAAAGAGGAACUGUUUAAAAAAGACUCCGGCAUGGUCUGGCUUGUGUCUGAAGAUAGUCCAACUAAUGGAAUUAUUGGGAUGGUGAACUGUCUCAAACAGGAGCCAGGAGGUGAAAGAAUCAGGUGUGUAUUUAUCUGUCAGAAGAAGCAAGAGAAUAAUUUCCCUGCUUUCAGCUUGGAGAACCCCUUCUAUAAUCAUCUGGUAACUAAAAAUUUAGUGAUGAACGUCUUCAAAAACGAAACUUGGGGCUCCUUCAGACAUGUACUCAUUAAAGAAACAAAAAUUCCAAGACCUGCUGAAUACAGCUACGUGAACUGCAGGAAGUACGGCGACUUGUCCACAUUCGAAUGGAUUGAAUCGAAUGUUAAAUAUACCAACCCAAAAAAUAAAAAACUCAUCCACAUUUACAAUUCUGCACUGAACUUUAGGGAUGUUAUGCUUGCCACUGGAAAGCUGUCCAUUGCAACAACUAGACAUCUUGGACAAGGAAAUGCCGUGCUCGGUCUGGAAUUUUCUGGAAGAGAAGACGGUACCGGUAAAAGAGUCUGUGGCUUUGCGUCUGCUAGAGGAAUGGCUACGGCUAUAUUGGCCGAACCUGCGUACUUGUUGGACGUUCCUGAAAGCUGGACAUUAGAAGAAGCAGCAACGGUGCCUGUCGUUUACGCCACCUGCUACUACGCCCUCAUCGUUAGAGCAAAACUACUGCCCGGCGAAAGCAUUCUGAUCCAUUCUGGAACGGGUGGCAUAGGAAUUGCGGCUUUGAACAUAGCCCUCAGUUUGAAUUGUGAAGUAUUUACAACUGUCGGUAACGAUGAAAAAAAGCAAUUCCUGAAGAAAAAGUUCCCCCAAUUAAAAGAUGAAAACAUAGGAAAUUCUCGCAACAUUUCUUUCGAGAAAAUGGUCAAGGAACGCACCAAUGGAAGAGGUGUUGAUGUUGUCCUGAAUUCCCUUGCGGAUGACAAAUUCAAAGCAAGUCUUCGAUGCGUCGCCAAAAGUGGUAGAUUUGUCGAAAUCGGCAAAUACGAUUUAGCUCUAGACAGAGAAAUCGGACUCAAAAUGUUCCUCGAGAAUAUCGCAUUCCAUGCGGUGUUUUUGGAUCAAAUGUUUGAUUCGAGCCCGAAAACAGUCCGCGAUAUUAAAGAAGUCAUGAAAUUGAUCACAGAUGGCAUAAAAAGUGGAGUUGUUAAACCACUCGAAAGAACAGUGUUCGACAGAAACGCCAUCGAAGACGCGUUCAGAUACAUGUCAAAGGGUGUACAUGUUGGAAAAGUACUAUUAAAAAUUCGUGAGGAAGAACAGAACAAAAUCAUCUCGCCAAAGGUUCUGAUGUUACCUGCAGUUCCAGAAACUCAAUUCUAUCACAAUAAAGUCUAUAUCAUCAUCGGUGGACUUGGCGGCUUUGGUAUGGAGGUCACAAAAUGGAUCAUCAGCAGAGGUGGAUUCAAUAUUAUCCUGACGUCAAGGUAUGGUGCCAGAACUCCUUAUCACUUUUUCUGCCUGAAAAAGUGGGAGAACCAAGGAGCCAAUGUCCAAGUGUCCACUCUGAAUGUGGCCAUCCGAAAUGAAGCUGAAAAGCUUCUGAAGGAGGCUUCUCGCAUUGGACCUGUUGGUGGAAUAUUCAAUUCUGCUGUGGUUUUGCAAGAUGCCUUCAUGGACUGUCAAACAGCGGAGACUUAUGAGCAGGUGUGUGCCCCGAAAGCUGCAGCGUCCAAGAAUCUUGACCAGCUAUCUAGAAAAUUGUGUCCAUCCCUGGACUAUUUCGUCUGCUUCUCGUCUAUCAGCUGCGGCAGAGGCAAUGCCGGACAGACUAACUACGGAUAUGCAAACUCUGUCAUGGAGCGCAUAUGUGAAGAAAGAAGACGCGUUGGAUUGCAUGGCUUGGCCAUCCAGUGGGGAAUUAUCGGGGAAGUCGGAGUAGUACACAGACACAUGGGUGACGAUGCCAUGAUCGCAGGCGUCAUGGCCCAAAAAGUGAAAUCGUGCCUGGAUACGAUGGACGCCUUCUGUCAACAAGAGAGCCCUGUGGUGACCACGUAUGUCACAGCGCAGCAGACCAAGAAAUCUGUUCAAAACGAUGCAUUGCAGCAAAUCAUCAAGAGUAUCGGCUACAACGAGACUAAUAUGAACAGAACGUUGGGUGAGGUCGGCCUCGACUCCAUUGUAGGCGUCGAGAUCAAACAGAUCAUCGAAUCCUACAGCGACGUUACCGUCAGCAUUCAAGAAAUGCAGGAAAUGACCCUCGAAGACAUCAAAGCUCUGUUUGAGAAAGUGGACAGCGAACGAUCAGACAAUGACGCCCCGGCUUUGUUAGCCACCACAAACGUGAAACUUCCUCCGGUAUUGCUGCACAACGAGCCCAUUAUCCCACUCAGCAAAGAUGCAACAGGUGAACCCAUCUUCAUCGUUAGCAUAGGCGAAACAGACUUAAAGAGUUUCCAGGUUCUCGCAAAAGGGCUCAGUAGACCCGUGUAUGCACUGGUUUGGACCAAAGAUGCACCUGCCUCAGAUCUGGAAUCUCUCGCAUCGUGGUACCUUCAACUCAUACAAAAGACAGUAGCUGGUCCUUUCCACAUCGUCGGUCAUUCACUGAGCGGAACUGUAGCUUUCGAAAUGGCUCUUCAAAGUGAAAAACGGCGUUCUAAUUUGAAAUCUGUCACACUUCUGAAUGGUUCAGAUGAUCUCCUGGACUUCUUAAACAAAGAAGAUGCAGAAACUGAAGGAAAGAAAGAUCCUGAAGCCACAGCUCUUUACAGAUUUGUUCAACAAUUCGUGUCAGGAGCUGUUCCUAGGCUGGAAGACGAACUGAAGAAAGUAACUGGCCAAGAAGAGAGGAUAAGAACUAUUCUCAAUUAUAUAACCAAUUCUUCGAGUGAAACUGUGAAUAAAGGCGAUAUCUCCGAAGCUGCAUCUCAUUUCAUAAGAAAAUAUAAUCUCGUUAAAUCCUACAUUCCUAAGACGAAACUUUCUAAAGAUAUUAACAUCAUAGAGGAUUCAUCAAAGCUUUUAGCAAAUGAUAUUUCUGGUGUCAAAGAAUUGUUUUCUGAGAUAUGUUCGAGCAAAAUCUCAGUCCACAGGAUAUAUUAUCCCAACCAACCAUUAAAUGAAAAGGAAGCAGAACAAUUAAUCAACGCUCUACAAACUAUUGUUUAAUUAAUGUGAAAUAUCAAUAUCAAAAUACUAUUUAUUUUUCUAAUUAUUAUUGUUUAAGCACUUUAAAUUCUUAUUCAAUAAAAUAUAAUUGUUGGACCCUGAAUGCAAAUAAAAAAAAUGAAUCAUU